AUGGCUAAAAGAAAGGAUAUCGAGCGUGCUUUUGGAGUGCUUCAAGCUAAAUUCCGAAUUUUCGGAUCACCGUAUAAGUAUUGGUAUGAACAUGACUUGAACCUAAUUAUGAAAUGUUGUCUUAUUUUACACAACAUGAUCAUUGAGCAUGAACGUCGGGAUACAGAUUGGGGAAGAGUUGUUCCUGUUCGAAUUCUAGAACCUACCAAUGAAGUUCGUGUUUUUACGUCAUCUCUGAAAAACCUAGAAAUGCAUCUACAAUUUAGAACGGAUCUUGUCAAGCACAUUGCUGCGCGUCUGGGUAGAGGAGGCCAGGCAGGGGACUUGUCUAGUUUGGAAGGUUCAUAUAUGGAAUACGUGGUACUUCUAUCAUCAGAUGCAGAUUAUGAUGAUACAGAGUUAGUAGAAGAAAUUGUUCCGGGCGAAGACCAGGAUGGUGCAUUUGAUUAUUACGGAGAUUACAAUGACCAAAUCCCAUAUGACUUUGAACAUGGAGAUGAACAUGUUUAUGGAGACGGACAUGUGGUAGACGAAUAUGAAGAUGAUGGAGAUGGUGAUGGUGAUGAUGAUGACGAUGACGAGGAAGAGGAUGAAUGA